GUGCCUCCCAGUACCUCCAGUCCCCUCAGCCCCCCUAGUUCCCCCAGUCCCUCCCAGUCUCCCCAGCUCCCCCCAGUCCCUCCCAGUCCCUCCCACUUCCCUCCCAGUCCCUCCCAGUGCUCCCAGUGCCAUAAAAGGGGCCUCGGGCAGAAGCUGGGGCAGCUGCUGCCGCCACCAUGGAGCUGGGGUCCCGGCAGACGAAGGCUCCCGCCCUGCUCCUCCCCCCCCUCCUCCUCCUCCUCCUCCUGCUGCUGGAGCCGGUGCUCAGCAGCCCCCAGCCCACGAUGACGCCGGUGGAGGGGGGGCCUCUCUACCCCUUCGGGUCGGGGGUCGGCGACCGCCGGACCCCCCGCGAGGACGACGGCAUGAGCCCCCCCGUGGCCCUGGGCCGCCCCUUCGUCUUCUACGGCCGCCCCCACCGCUCGCUCUACGUGAACAACAACGGCGUGGUGUCGUUCGGGGUGGGGGUGCCCGAGUUCACCCCCCACCCCUUCCCCCUGCCGGGCCACCGCCCCUUCGUGGCGCCGUACUGGGCCGACGUGGACACGCGCCGGGGCGGAGACGUCUUCUACCGCGAGACCCAGGACCCCGAGCUGCUGGCCAGGUUGGCCCGGGACCUGCGUCCGGCCGUGGCCCCCGGCGACCCCAUGCCGCAGCCCACCUGGGCCUUCGUGGCCACCUGCACCGCGUACUUCGGCACGGCCAGCAAGAAGGUGAACACCUUCCAGGCCGUGCUGGCCAUGGAUGACGUCACGGCCUUCAUCAUGCUCAACUACGGUGGCAUCCAAUGGACCACGGGCUCUCCAACGGGGGGCGACCCCCACACAGGCCUGGGGGGCAUCCCGGCCCAGGUGGGUUUCAACAGCGGCGACGACACCCACUACUACAACGUGCCGGGCUCGCGGACGCCGGCCGUGCUGCGCGUGGGGCGGACCUCCAACGUGGGCGUCCCCGGGCGCUGGGUCUUCCGCGUGGACGAGUUCACGGCCACCGAGGGGCCGUCGCCGGCCGCCGCCACGACCUGGGACACCGUGGGUCGCCCGCGACCUCCGCGGGGACAACUGGGACGAGUCGAGAGCCGUCGACGGCCGCCGAGGAGCCGGAGGAGGAGCCGGAGGAGGAGCCGGAGGAGGAGCCGGGCUACGGACCCAGGCGUCCGGCCCCACCCAUAA